AUGGAUAUGUCGUCAGAUGUCGAGCACGAUGGCGCGUCGUCCAGCAGGCGCAAGUCCGGCCGUGCAGUCAAAAAACCCCAACUCUUCUCAAAAGCCGUUCACAGUAUAGGUCUCAACAAUCCCGAGAAGAGGAAACGAAACACCACACUGGAUGACGGUCAAGAUGAUGACGAUGAUGAGGAACAAGACGACGACGAGUCUGACUCGGAGGAGGACGACGAAGAUCCCGAUUCCGAAGAAGAAAGGGAACGCCGAAAAGCAACACGCAAGGUCACGACAAAAAGAAAAGCCGUGAAAAAACCUAACGCCGGUCCUAAAUCGUCACGAGCCGCAAAGAAACCAAAGAUCAACGGCGCCGGAAAAUCUCUCGCCAUACGUCCGGCAACUAAUGGCAGACAGAGCAAGAAACCUGCUCCAAAGACAAGAACUGCUCCACCAAGACCGAUUUUCCGUGCCAUUCCAGAAGGGCUAUACACCGAUGUGUUUGAACAGAAUAAAGAUGUCGAAACCGUCGUCGACGAAUGGCUAUCAAAAUACGAAAAAGACCCCAACGAAGGGCUUCGCGCGCUAUUCAAUUUAUUCUUGCAGUGUACAGGUGCUGAUAUCUCGGUGGACAUGGCCGAUGUGACGGAUGAGGACCACUGGCCUCAGCGCAUACAAGACCUUCAAGAAGCACAUCUUGAUACCGAGCCGUCCGAUUACCCCCUGACAUCAAAAGAAAGGUCUCUUCGGAAUUUUCGAACAAAUAUUGUGGACUUUUGCGACUCGUGGGUCGCGAGUCUUCACGAAUCUUCCCUGCUUUACAAUACAUUCGCUCCUGGGUUGAAAGCUGAGGUGUGGCUAAAUAUCAUGUCUAGUGCUGGUAACAGAGCAUUUAGACAUACAGCUGUAGUGUUUUCUAUCUGCAUAGCAACUUCGUUGUGCCAUAUUGCCGAAGGUGUAACCUCCACGGUUUCCACAUCUCGCAAACAGCUAGACACCGAAAAAAGGAAGAAAACAGCAAACAAGGGCAGGAUAGAUUCCAUUCAAACAACUAUCCAAGAGAAUGAAGAAAAGCUAGAGACGAUUGAUGCCCUUCUCAGGGAAGCGUUCGACACAAUGUGGGUGCACCGCUACCGAGAUGUCGACCCCAAAAUUCGCAGUGAAUGUUUCCUCGGAUUGGCCACUUGGAUCCAAACCCAUCGAGAGAUGUUUUUCGAACCGCAAUACGUACGCUAUCUAGGCUGGGGAUUGUCAGAUGCUGUCACGCAGGUGCGGCUAGCUGUGGUAGGGCAACUUCGUCAGAUCUACGAGAUCAAAUUCAGCAUUGCUACACUUCGAACUUUCACCGGUCGAUUCCUCCGUCGACUCGUGGAGAUGGCUACCAGGGAUGCCGACAGCAACGUCCGUGCAUCUACAGUUGAGUUGCUCGGGCUUAUAAGAAACCAAGGAUUGAUGGAUAACGCAGAGGUCGAUCAAGUCGGCCAACUUGUAUUUGAUACAGAGCCUAGAAUCCGAAAAUCCUCCGGUCGCUUUUUCGCUGCAAAUCUACAAGAGAUUUACGAGACCCACACAGAAGAGAUGGCAGAAGAUAUCAACGAAACUUUUGGUGAUGAAGACGACGAUGACUAUGAAUCACCUAAACGAUCCUGGAUCAAAUUCAAAUGCCUUGUGGACAUUCUCCAAUCUUAUGAUGGGCAAAGAGAGGAGCUCGCUGCGGAGCGGCAACGCAUGGGCUCGCUCGAAGCCUUGUCUGGUGCUCCUGUAGAAUCUCGAUUUUUCCUGGCGACCGAAGCAAUCUAUGCACACAUGGAGGAGCUGGCUCAGUGGCAAUCGCUUGCUGGAUAUCUUCUUUGCGACCACUCUCAAGUUACUGAUUCGCCCCCGCAAGAUGAAGCGAGUAAUGUGCGACAGUUCUAUGCCUUGGAAGAAGGACAAGACAUCAUUUUGCUCGAGGUUCUGGUAUGUGCGGUCAAGUUGCGGAUCUUGGAGAUUGCCAAAUCCGAUGUCAGCAAACGUGGACAGAAAAUCAAGUCUUUGACAGACAAGAUUCCGGAAAUGCAAGCAGAGACUGCGCACAAUCUCACCCAGAUUAUCCCUCGGCUUUUGAACAAGUUCGGCUCCACACCUGAAGCUGCGUCAGCCGUUCUUCGCCUGGAACAUCUUGUCGAUCUGAACAUGGUCCAAGACCUUCAGAAAGAUGCUACCGCAUAUACCUCUCUUCUUAAUGACAUCAACAGGCAGUUCCUGACUCAUUCUGACCAGGAUGUCCUUGCGGAAGCUGGCGUGGCGUUCCUGCAUGCCCGAACCUCGGAUGAGAUGAAGGAAGCCAUGGAGGGCAAGGUUCAGGAGCUGUGGGACGACAUGAUUGAUGCUAUCAGCACAUUGUCCCAGAACCAAGAUGUCCAGAAUGGAUCAUCAGUUCGCAAGAAUGUGCUUACGGAUCUCGCCAACACCGUUACUAGGAUAUCAAACCUUGCAAGUAUUGUCGAUUGCACGAGUAUCAUUGAAACGCCCCCAGCUGUUUCGGCCAAAAAGCGGAAGGAAAAACCUGUGGCCCCAUUCAACACUCUUGUCCACUUUGUAAAACGUGGUCUUCGUGAUGAGGAGUCUGAUGACGAACUACAAAGCCUCGAGAAUGAACUGGUGGUGAACAGCAUUAAGACUCUACUUUUCUACUUUAUGUGGAAAGUGCAAAAUCUGUCUAGUGCCAUCAAGUCAACCAAUGCCAAGUUCAACACAGCGUACUUUGAAACUUUGGCCAAGAGCAAAGAUACUUUUGCUGCUUCUCUGACAGCGGUUAUGCAAAAGCGUUCAGUCAUGGAUGAUAUUAGAUUUUCUGCAGCGACAACGCUCCUAGAUCUACAUACCCUCUUUGGCACACUCCGUAAUAUCGGAUCGCAUAUUCAAGGCAGAUCAGACCUAGUGGACGAGGAUGUUGUCCUUCAAGCGCAGGGCCUAGCACAGGAUAUUGUCCCUUCGACACAAGCAACCCUCUCCAGAUUCCAUGACCUCGCCGAGCGAACUUUGGCCAAGAAACUGAAGAAAGACAUCAAUUCAGCCGUAGAUGACGAUGCUCCGUUGGAAUCAGCCCAGGACAUUAAGGACCUCCCUUCUGACGAUGAAGACGACGAGAACGAACAGGACGAUGACGAGGUAGACGAAGCCGCUGCAACCGAGCGUCUCCGCGCAACCAUUCUCGCUGAGCAGCGGCUUUGCGAACUCACCGGCAAAAUCGUUUUGGCAAUCAUUGGCCGUGUCCUCGACACAUCGGGCUCGCAACGCGGCAAAUUCAAACAGAAACUACUCAAGAACAAAUCUCGACUGGGCCACAACUACAAAGAAGUCAUCGCAUUUGUGGAAGAUCGCAAGGCGCGACCUGCUGCUGCUGCUCGCUCCAAGGACAAACAACCUUCAUCCAAAACACCGCCCAAGUCCACCGAAUUCGUUGAACUAGAGGAUGACCCAAUAGAGGACGACGAAGAAGAACGACAAGAAGCCGAACAAGAAGCAGACCCAAUCGUCGAAGAAGAUGAAGACGAUGACCUUCGCGUCCGGGGCCUUGUCGAGGAGAACAUUGAUGACGAAAAUUCAGACCAAGGAAACGGUGUCAGUGAGGCUGAACCCGAAGACGAGGAUGAAAUAAUGGGCGAUUAA